AUGAAAGUCAGUCGAGAUAUCAUCACCGCCGUGGGGCUGACGGUCCUGUAUGAGCCCGAGGACCCUAGUGCCGCCGUCGCCGACGUCGUCUUCGUCGCCGGCAUAGGCGGCCACCCCGUCAAAACCUGGCUCUGGACCCCCGCCCCUCGAGCGCCCCAAAACACCCCCGACCUCCAAGCUCCCCGACGAGCCCGCUCCUUCCGCAACCGCGACCAGCGCGUGCUCACCAAGCUCCACCCGUCCCUCUCCAAGUCCUCCACCAACCUCCGCCUCCUCUCCCAGGACAGCGUGCGCGCCGCCGCCGAGAAGAGCGCGCCCGCCCUCCUCCUGGCCUCGGCCUCUGCUGCGGCGGAACCCGCGCCCGAGAUCUACUGGCCUCUCGACCUGCUCCCCCACUCGUGCCCGUCAACGCGUAUCCUUACCUGGGGAUGCAGCACCGUCGCGUCCAACGGGCGCUUACCCACGAACCAAAAUGACAUUUUUGCCCACGCGGAGGAUCUGCUGCAGGAACUGACGCUGCUGAGGAACGAGACGAAUACGGUGAUGAGGCCGGUUAUUUUCGUCACGCAUUCCCUCGGCGGCGUCAUCAUCAAAGAGCCGACUUCGAAACACACAUGCGCGACCUCCUCCUCCACCUCGGCCGUCAUCUUCCUCGCCUGCCCCCACCGCGCGUCCGAACACGCCAAGCUCACCGACGCCGUGCGCUCCAUGGCCAGCGUGUGCCUCGACAUCCCCGCCGCCGACCACGCCCUGCAGUACCUGACCGGCACGAGCGGUUUCGAGCUCGACCUCGGCCGCGAGGCCUUUACGCGCAUGUGGAACGAUUAUAAUUUUCGCGUCAAGACGUUUCAGGAGGAUUUGCCUGUGGUGGAGAGGAGGCAGUCUGCGGCUGAUUUUGGCGUGCGCAAAGCGUCAAGUGCAAUUGGCGAUCCGAGAGAAAAGGCGGAAACGUUCAACGCGAGCCACCUCGACAUUUGCAAGUUCCGGUCUUCGCAAGACCCAAAUUACAAAAUACUACUCUCAUCACUAUCCUCCUUUAUACUAAACGAGACUCACAAGCACCGGGAACUCAACUCCAAAGAAAAAGAAUGCCUACGAGCUCUCCUCCCUCCCGGCACCGCCCGCGAAACCCAGCCCACGGUCUCGUACCCAGGCACAUGCCUCUGGCUAUACGAUAUCCCCGAGUUCCAGGCGUGGCACCACCGCCAAAGCGGGUACAAGAACAAAGUGCUGUGGAUCAAGGGCAAGCCCGGGUCGGGCAAAACCAUCCUGCUCAAGUCACUGCGCAACCGCGUCGAGAAGCAGUGGACCUCGGCCGGAAGCAGCGUCAUCUGGAGCGCGGCCGAGGGCCGCAACCUCGACACCGUGUACUACCUGCCCAGCCAAAACCGGCGGUACGGACCUAACCCGGCCGCCGUGUACCGCAGCUUGCUAGGCCAACUAUUCCCACAAGAUCCCAAACUCCGCCGAGCCAUCGUCGCCCUAUACGACCGCCACGACAAAGCCAACAGCAACAACAGCACCAACAACGACAAGACCGAAACCCCCAUCUCCGACGCGCACGUCGUCUCCUUCUUCCUCGACGACUACAUCGACCAAACCAUCGAAACCCCCACCAAACGCACCUUCAUCUUCGUCGACGUCGCCGACGACUGCGGGCCCGCCUACCUCCAAGACCUCCUCUGCCACCUCGCCCAAAUGGCGCGCCACUCCGACUUCAGCAUCUGCGUCGCCUCCAACAACCACGCCAGCAGCGUACGCCACCACGAAGCCAUCGAGGUCGUCAUGCGCGAGCACAACACCGACGACAUCCUCCGCUACAUCAGCCUGCACCUCAUCGCCGAGUGGGAGGACCGCAACAUCACCGUCCACCGCAUCGCCGAUAAAGCCAACGGCGUCUUUCUCUGGGCCGAGAUCGUCGUCAACAUCCUCAACGCCGCCAUCGAAGAGGGCGCUAUGCAGGAGCUCAUCGACGACACCAUCGCCGAGCUGCCCGACGACAUCGACGGCCUCUACGAGUGGAUCCUCGGCACUCUUUCCCCGAGGAAAAAGAGGACGCCCUCGCCCUCAUGCAGUGGGUCAUCCUCGCCUCCGAGCCCCUCCGCCUCAACGACCUCCGCCUCGCCGUCCGCCUCACCCGCCCCUGGCACCCCCACCGCGCCAAGGCGUCCCCCUCGCCGCCCUCCAGGUCCGCCAGCCCCCGACCUCCAUCCGCAACGUCCGCGCCUCGGGCAGCGCUACCUUCGAGUCCCCUACCAGUUCCACCGCUUCAUGCGCUCCCGCUCCGUUGGCCUCCUCGAGCUCAAGCCCGAGACCCGCGACGGCGUCACCCACGAACCCCUCGGCCUCCAGCGCGUCCAAGUCAUCCACGACUCCGUCCGCACGUUUUUCCUCUCUGGCCGCGGCUACGCCAGCCUCGCCGGCGAACGCGCCGCCGCCUCCGCCACGUUCGCCGACGCCGCCCACUACGUCCUCCUCCGUACCUGCCUCGACUACCUCAACAUGUCCGACUUCGAGUCCCUCGGCAACGCGGGGCCCCUCUCCCCCUCCGCCUCCGCUACCCCGACCCCGCUGCCCCUCGAGUCCGAGAGCAAGUUUUGGCGCCGCAACGUCAACGACCAGCGCAACCUCGUCAUGUCCUCCUACCCUUUCCUGCAGUACGCCGUCGACAACCUCUGCCGUCUCUGGCGCCGCUGGACCUCCCUCCUCGGCGCUACUUGCCCCUCUGACAUCCUCGCCGCUUCCCGCUCCGCCGAGGACCUCCUCACCCUCUCUACGGCGCCCGCUUCGGCCUCGAGCGCGUCCUCCGCACCCUCGCCAAUAUGGCCGCCCUUGACGCCCCGCCCGCCCCGACUCCCGGUUUACCCCACGCCGGCCCCAACUCCCCUUUUCCCCGCCGCCCCCGCUCGCGUCUCCCAGCGCGCGAGGCGGCACCGUCUCUUCCCCUCGGUCUCCGCUCUCACCCCUCACCCCGCGCUCCGCCAGCGAGGCCACGGCCAUGUGGUCCGCAGCCUACCGGGGUGGUACGGGCACUAG